AUGCCUUGCCCAUUUGACCUCCAGGCCGCCAUCCAAGGCGCCGACAACGAUGUGGCCGUCAUCAUCCCCUCCAAGCCUCAAGCGCUCACAGUCACCUACGCGGACCUGAAGCGCGAAACGGCUUCCUUCCAGAAGAAGCUAGCAGACAUCGGCAUCACCAAGGGCUCUCCCGUGUCCAUCGCUAUCGUCAACUCAUACGAGUUCAUCGUCUCCUUCCUGGCCGCCUCGUGGCAGCGCGGCAUCGCCGCCCCUCUCAACCCGGCCUACAAGCAGGAGGAGUUCGAGUUCUACAUCGAGGACGUCAAGUCCGCCAUCGUCAUUGUCCCCAAGGGCGCCUACAGCGCUGGUGCUCCCGCCGUGAAGGCCGCGCAAAAGUUCAACGCCGCCAUCGCCGAGUCCUACUGGGACUCCAGCAAGAACGAAGUUGCUCUCGACGUCAAGGAGCUGGGUCAACUCAAGGGCAAGCCCGCGCAGCCCUUGCUGAAGCCAGACGCUGAUGACAUUGCUCUGGUCCUGCACACCUCCGGCACCACCUCCCGCCCCAAGGUCGUCCCGCUCACGCACCGCAACCUGACGCGCACCAUGAAGAACAUCCGCAACACUUACCAACUCACGCCCUCCGACCGCACCAUGCUGGUCAUGCCCCUCUUCCACGUCCACGGCCUGUUGUGCGGUCUCCUCGCCCCUUUGCUCACAGGCGGCAGUAUGAUCGUCCCCAGCAAAUUCUCCGCGACUGAUUUCUGGCCCGACUUCAUCACCUUCAAAGCAAACUGGUACACCGCCGUGCCCACCAUCCACCAGAUCCUUCUUAAGCACCCUGUCCCCAACCCUCUCCCGAAAAUCCGCUUCAUCCGCUCCUGCUCCUCCCCCUUGUCGCCCACAGUCUUCCACAACCUCGAAAAGACCUUCGGCGCCCCCGUCCUAGAAGCCUACGCCAUGACCGAGGCCGCGCAUCAAAUGACUUCCAACCCUCUCCCUUCCGUAGGCAAGCGCAAGCCCGGCACCGUCGGCCUCGGGCAGGGCGUAGAAGUCGGAGAAAUCUGCAUCCGCGGUGAAAACGUCACCAAGGGCUACCUGAACAACCCCGCCGCCAACGCCUCCAGCUUUACUCCCUCGGGGUACUUCCGUACCGGCGACCAAGGCAAGAAGGACGAAGACGGGUACGUCGUCAUCACCGGUAGAAUCAAGGAGUUGAUCAACAAAGGCGGCGAGAAGAUUUCGCCUAUCGAGCUGGAUAAUGUGUUGACGCGCCACCCGGCGGUGUCAGAGGCCGUCAGCUUUGCGGUUCCCGAUGAGAUGUACGGGCAGGAAGUUGCUGUUGCCAUUGUGCUGAAGAGCGGGCAGAAGGGCGAUGCGGAGGAGUUUAGGAAGUGGGUUGGGGAUAAGUUGGCCAAGUUCAAGGUGCCGAAGAAGAUCUACUUUACGGAUGUUAUGCCGAAGACGGCGACGGGGAAGAUUCAGAGGAGGAUUGUGGCGGAGGAGAUGCUGAAGAAGGAGAGUCGGACUAGUAAGUUGUAA